GGCCUGACAGGCCCCAGCGCGGGGCGCGGCGCGGCGGCGGGAGGAUGGCGAACCAGCUGGUGAUCCUCAACGUGUACGACAUGUAUUGGAUGAACGAAUACACUUCCUCCCUUGGAAUUGGAGUAUUCCAUUCAGGAAUAGAGGUGUAUGGCAGAGAAUUUGCUUAUGGUGGUCAUCCUUAUCCUUUUUCUGGAAUAUUUGAAAUUUCCCCAGGAAAUGCUGCUGAACUAGGAGAAACAUUUAAAUUUAAAGAAGCUGUAGUUCUAGGCAGUACUGACUUCAUGGAAGAUGACAUAGAAAAAAUUGUAGAAGAGCUUGGAAAAGAAUUUAAAGGAAAUGCCUAUCACUUAAUGCACAAAAACUGUAAUCAUUUUUCUUCAGCUUUGUCAGAGAUUCUAUGUGGGAAAGAGAUUCCACGUUGGGUGAAUCGCCUCGCCUAUUUCAGCUCUUGUAUACCAUUUCUCCAGAGCUGCCUACCGAAGGAAUGGCUUACUCCUGCAGCCCUUCAGUCUAGUGUCAGCCAGGAACUACAGGAUGAGCUGGAGGAAGCAGAGGAUGCUGCAGCAGCUUCCCUGUCAAACUCUGCAUCGGGAUCUAGAACUGGGCGCCAUACCAAACUAUAAAUCUCUCUCCAAAGUAAUAAAUAGUUCUAAACACUUCAGUUUAAUAUCUCCAGCAAUUGGCUUCCUUACUCAGAAUUAGAGAGCUGACUUUUGAACAAUUCUUUUGUAUGAAAAAUGACUCUCUCCACCCCCAGGACCAGUUACUUCAGCUCAGGAUUAUAAAUGUAGUGAAAAGAAUCUCUGGGAGAAAGGGGAAGAUAUUUGUGUGAAGCCUCUCUUUUCACUUUCACCUGUUCUGUGAACUUGGAUUUAUAUAACAGAUCUUGUAUAAAACAGAACUGAAGUUAUUUGUUUACAGUAUUGUGUACUGCUGUUUACAAGUCCUGUAGGACUCCUGCCACCAUGAAAGAAGAGAAACUCUGAGCUCAGUUUAUUCCUUGUGUAACUCAAAAGGGCAGUGGAGUCACACCAGUGAUAAAUUUUGCCCAGUGUCUUCAUGAAUUAGGCAGGUAAACUUCCUUCACUUCUGACAGUUGCCAGAGAUCUAUAGAGCAGAAAUGGCUAAGUACUGUAUAUGUGAACAGGGUACUGUACACUUAGAGUGGUUGAUAUAAGAAGGUAGAUCCUAGGAUGUGGGGAGAUUGGUUUAGUAUGUAACAAACUGUUACUAGAAGUAUGAUCUCCACAUUAACUAAAGUGUGGAGUUUUGCACAUAUGAGGGGAGAGUUUAUAUGUAAUUACAAUCCACAUUGUGUUUACGCAUCUGAUCCAUAGCAUCAUAUUUCAAUCAUAUAGUAAUUACAUUUCUUAUUUUUAAAAGUUGCCCCAUAUUCCUCCUCAUUUUAAGUUCUGCUAGAGUAGAGAUGUAGAAUCAUUUUGAGUAUCACCAGUUCAAACUGUCACACAUCAGGUCACACUGUCUAGUUUAUUUAAUUUAAAAUGUGGAACAAUAGGAUUAAGAACAUUAGUAUUUGAAUUGGUUUGUAUGCUUCAUGUAACAUUGGGCAGUGUAAUACAUAGCACACAGAUGGGAUGGGAAUGGCCAUACUUCCCCUACUCAUGAUUGCUUCAUUUGAGUUUUGUAACCAUUCCUAACUCAUGAAAACAAAAUAUGAAUUAUUACCUGCUAGAUUCUCAUAUGUCCAUACACAAGUGAUAGGGAGAAGUUGAUUUUAUUCAUUAUCUCCAUCUGUGGCAUUAACUUUCUGGUCAUAUGCAUAGAAGAUAAGAAACUUGAAGAUUACAUACACCUACAUAUACACACAGCAAAGCUCCACUAAUCUGCAUGUGUUAUUACUUACAUCUCAAAUUGGCAGAUGUAAUACUUAAUUAUUUUAGAAAAUGACAGACUCUUGCUAGUAGCUCAUGGAUUAUAAUUAAAGCUAAAUUAUAAUUAGUGAUCGGAAUACAUUAUGGAAUGCCUUAUUCUUUUUAUUGUUCACUUACUGCAUUUUGAAAGUUAAUUAGAAACUUGCAGUGGUUCCCCCAGUCAUGAGUAUAAAUCAGUGAGGUUCUACAUUGUAUAUAGAAAUACGGUAGCAAAAGAUGGAAGUGAGACUGUUUUAGAUUUUACUGCCUUAAGGAACUUUCAGUGAACAGCAAAAAAAAACCCCCAAAACUGAACACCAUUUAUAAACGGAUUGGUGCACACAGAGAUCUGCAUUACUAAACACCUUUUAUGGUUCUCCCCCCCCCCGCACCCCCAGGGCGUCACUAGAUUUGCUAAAUGUAACUUAUGUUAGAGUAAGGACUUGUUUCAAUAAGCUAAAUGAAAAUGCUGACUUUGUUUUUGUUAAUAGCUGCAGCUGCAGGUGGGGGGACGGAACCAUACUUUAGGUUACAAAUAUAAAUUUUAGUCAAGUAGUACCACUUAACCUUUCAAAAGUGCAGAUUAGGCUACAUCAUUCUAUUUAUAACUUCCAGGAGGACUCAGUCCAAUUCCUGUUGAUAGCAGUGGAAUCGCUGCUACUGGCUUCAGCAGGAGUUAGACUGGACCCUAUGGAAAAAGUUUGCAAACUUUAAUUUAUAUUAGGUUCCUGUUUGAGGUAAUUGUGUGUUAAUACCAUCAAAAGAGAGGCCAGAUAAAAUAGCUUGUAAAAAAAAAAAAUGUGUUCAGUUCUGAAAAAAUCAAUCUGUAGAAA